AUGAUUUCAAAAAUUUCUCGCUUUUUUGUGCGCAAUAAAAACAAACUAAUAAUCACUGGUUGUGUGGUUGGAGGUGCCAUUCUGGCCACAAGAUAUGCUCAUCGAAAGCUGCGUGCUUGGCAAGAGAAACAGAGUUUAGAGUUCAUAGAACGAACCAAGCAGUCCCAACAUUUUGAUGGUACCGAACUCACUUGCAAUCAAACUAUUAUGUCUUUAGCUCCUCAGUUAUGUGAAGCAGUAUGCAAAUGUGUUAUGACUGAAGACAUAAUAGUAGAACUAAAAACUAAUCCAGACAACAAAGUUAAAUUGUGGUCUGAUUUGAAAAUUCGUGCUUUUUCUAAAGUUGCAAGUUUAGUUUAUACUUCUUCCGUAUUUGUUGUAACAUUGCGUGUUCAGUUGAGCUUACUAGGUGGCUAUGUUUAUAAAGAUUCAAAAAAUGGGACUUGCAAUGUUGAUCGUGACAUGCAAGCGCGUUAUUUGUCUUUAUGCCAUAAUCUAUUAGGAGAAGGUGUAAGAGGAAUAUGUAAAAUUAUUGAAGAUAAUGUGAGGGGAGUACUCGAAAACAUACCCUUAACAAAAAAACUCAGUAUAUCAGACAUUGAGCAAAUAUUUUGGUCAGUGCAGGCCGCUGUAGCAAAGGACCCGCGGAAUCCUCUAGCUGAUAUAAGCAAAUUUGUUCUUCCUACAACGGAUAUGAAUUCACCUUUAUUUUCAACCAUGAUAGCAGAGACUAGGGAUCUUCUAGAGACAGAAGAUGUAAAAUCUUUAUUGACUCUUGGAGUGAGUCAGGGAUUUGCAACAAUGAUGGAUCACAUUGCUGAGAACUUUAUACCUGAGGAGAAAAUUGUUGAAGUUGAAUUAAAAAAUGAGUUUGUUAAUAUGAAUAAAUUACAAAUACCAAUGGCAAAGAUGAUACCCAUUGUAAACGGUCUUGUAGGUAAAACCUCAGAAGUGUUAGUAGAGAAACUAAUUGCUAUUGAUAGAAUAAAGGUAUUAGGGGCUAAUGUUUAUGAAACUUUUUGUCAUUAAAUACAACAAAUGCAAAUGUUUAAUUAUAUUUUAUUUUAUUUAUAAGGUGGGAAACUCUCAAAUCUUUAA